AUGGGAAGCAUUUCUUUAAACAGCCAAAGUUUAUUCCACAUUUCAAUCCUCUUACUUUCAUCUUUUAUUUCCGUAACUUAUUGCCAAAACUUUCAAGGCUUAUCUCCAUUGAUAUCACCUCCAUUAAUUCCAGAAAUCUUAAACUUCUUAGACCAAAGGCUUGCCAUCGUAUAUCAAAUCAUCCAAAACUUCAAGAACGCUAUCACCUCUGAUCCCCUAAACAUCACUCAAACUUGGGUUGGCCCAGAUAUAUGCAACUACACAGGCUUCUACUGUACUAGUCCACCUGAUAACGACUCUGCCAUUGCCCUUGCUUCCAUCGAUUUCAAUGGAUUCCAGCUAUCUGCCCCUACUCUUGAUGGCUUCAUUGAUCAACUCCCUGACCUUGCUCUCUUCCAUGCCAACUCUAACAAAUUUUCUGGCACCAUAUCACCUAAAAUCGCCGAACUACCAUUUCUUUAUGAACUAGACCUAAGCAACAAUAAUUUCUUUGGCAGUUUUCCCAUGGAGAUUCUUCGAAUCCGUGGCCUAUCAUUUUUAGAUCUCCGAUUCAAUUUCUUUACUGGAACAGUUCCUCCACAAGUAUUCACUCAAGGCCUUAGCGUACUCUUCCUCAACAACAACAAUUUUAUUCAAAAACUCCCUGAAAACCUAGGCUCAACCUCAGUGCUCUACCUCACCUUGGCUAACAACAAAUUUAUCGGUCCAAUCCCACGCAGCAUCAUCAAAGCUUCUGCGAAUUUAACUGAAGUGCUGUUCUUAAACAACUUACUUACAGGUUGCCUCCCAUACGAAUUAGGAUUUUUGAGAAAACUAGUCCUUUUUGAUGCAAGUAACAACUUAUUAACCGGUCCUUUACCGUGCUCGUUGGGAUGCUUGGCUAAGCUAGAACAGUUCAACCUCGCAGGGAACUUACUGUAUGGACAGGUGCCGGAGGUGGUGUGUGCAUUAGGGAACUUGGCGAAUUUGUCACUUUCAAGUAAUUAUUUUACAAAACUAGGGCCAAUUUGUAGGAAACGAGUGAAGAGUGGAGUUCUUGAUAUUAGAAAAAACUGCAUUCGUGAUCUUCCUGAUCAGAGAUCAGCGCUGGAGUGUGCGGCUUUCCUUUUGCACCCUAGGUAUUGUCCAAACCCUGCGUCGUUUAACUUCAUUCCUUGUAAGCAUCCAUCAUCAUCGAGCCAUUCUAGGAUUGGAGCAAAGAGAAAUUUGGUCAGUUACAGUUCUCUUUUGAGACAUGCAGCUGAAUUUCCAGGAAGAAAUUAA